UGAUCUCCCUUAGUUUUUCUUACACAAUAGCUUCCCUUGACAGCUGUAACAUAUUAAACUUUUUUACCCGCAAAGACAUUAAAAUUGUUUCACCUUAAUUGUUUUUUUUCCCCUGCAAAUGGAGCAAACAGCGCAGUAAGUUUACGUCAUCAGAAAACAGGUCUGAACUUAACCUGACUGUGCGACAAAUGAAUCAAGUGCAGCGUUAACGCCCUUGGUUCUGGGAGGUUCUCUUUGUCUUGUAGUGCGCAUGUUUUUCAGACCACUGCUCUACCUCGGAGUUCCAGUGGGGAAGGAAUUAUUUAUUUCUGUGAUAACAAAGCUGAUUGGAUGCGACCAAAAAAUUGUGGGAUUAACCUGGUACGAACACGAUGGCAUGUUUUACCUCACUGGCCAGAUUUUUCUGCAUCCUGCUGGUGCACGUGACUGCGGGGCAACACCACAAUGACUGUCCAGCGGCCUGGUUCCAGUACUCAGGUCACUGUUACAACUUCGUGGUCAGUCCGACCUUGACCUUUCAGGAGGCGACCAUCUACUGCCAGAGGCACCUCUCGGCGCUGGUCAGCAUCAACUCCCCGGGGGAGCACGAGUUCGUCCAGUCCUGGCUCAAGUCACAUGACAUCCGGAGAUUGGAGUGGUUUACUAGUGGUAAACGAGAAGGUGCGGGUUCGAUUCUUUGGGAUUCCGACGGCACGCAGGUGGUGACCCGUUAUUUCGAGGAUGAUGCUAUGGACCAGGGUGGUUUUGAUCCCAUGGCGGGUCUAGAGAAUAACAUCAUUGUCUACAAGUACGUUGCACACACCGGAAGUUACAUGUGGGCGUGGAGUCGACUGAUGAGACCCGGGCCUUUCAUCUGUGAGAUGACCGGAAGUGAGACCUGGAGACUGGACCAGCAGGGGCGAGACUUCUCUUACGGUACAAACAUCACCAACCCCAGCCUGUGGGAGCACGGUCCAAACAUCACCUCCGUCUCCAGGGAUACCCUGUUCUACGACACUCAGGACCAGACGACUGGCGUCACCUUGGAGUGCGUUGCCACGGGCAACCCCCGCCCCACAUACACCUGGUUAAAACAGCGGCCCAGUCAACAGAGCUAUGACGUCAUCUCUGCGUCAGACUCGCGCUAUACUUUGACGAGCGGCAGACUGAGCAUUAGCAGGCCCAGCUCCACCCUAGACGCCACCUGGUACACCUGUGUGGCCAGCAACAAGUUUGGCACCGUCAUGUCCAGCCCUAUCGAGGUGUCGCAUGGAUAUCUGGGUCAGUUCACCAACGUCAAGCCCAGCCCAGUGUACGCCACUAUGUACAUGGGGAAGGAGAUCACGUGUCAACCCCCGCUACACAACACGGAUCUCCGCUACAACUGGUACCGUGGCUCCUUCAACUUCCUGCGCCCCGAGCUGAACCCUCAGUACUUUCUCUCACAGAAUGGCAAGCUCUACAUCUCUGAGGUCCAGCCAGCUGACCAAGAUGAGUACUACUGCAUGGUGUUCAUGGCGCCGAAAAGUGGUCAGGUGGUGUCUGGCACCCAGCUACCGUCUAGAACGUCCAUGGGCAUAGAGCUGAGGGUACAGGGCGAGAGUGCCAACACGUACGGCCCCGACAUCCAGGACAAAUUUCCCCAAUAUUUCCCCACUGUCCCUAUGGUAGGUGACCAAGUGGAGAUCGAAUGUCUCGCCUACGGCAGACUACCCCUGCUCUACUCCUGGGUGAGGGAAGACGGCGCCCUACACCCCGGGGCCACCACUAGGGACCACAACCGUGUGUUGGUGCUACCCUCUGCCAGACUCCAAGACACGGGGGCCUACACGUGCGUGGUGAGGGGGGGCCACAACACGGCUAACAAAACAGUCUACCUCAGCCUGAAAGCCGUCCCCUACUUCCCCUACCCCCUACAGAACCAGCACGUUGACGCCAAAUCGACCUUGACCUGGACCUGCCACGCCAUUGGCGUCCCCGCCCCCGUCUACACCUGGUACAAGAACGGCACCCCCCUAAAGUCCAGCACGACAGACGGCAUCACGGUCUACAGAAACACACUGACCAUUGAAAGCGUCGAGGGAUCGAAACACGCUGGGAUGUACGAGUGUGAGGCAAACAACGCUUAUGGCAAGGCGAGGUCCUCUGCCCAGCUCAGGGCCCUAUACUUCGCCCCGACCUUCCUCAACAGUCCCGUCGAACGAACCAAAAUGGCGGCGGAGGGCGGGAACAUCAGCCUCGCCUGCCGUCCUCAAGCAGCCCCGCGGGCCCAGAUCACGUGGUUGAAGAACGGAGCGGAAGUGGGUGUGACCUUGCCCAACGGUGACCUUCACCUGUCAGCGCUCACGUUGGCGGAUUCGGGGAACUACACGUGCGUGGCGAGUAACGAGUUGGGCCAGGUCACCGCGACCUGUCUGCUCGACGUCCAAGAGAAGUCUGUUUUUGCGGACGUGCCGUCUGACGCCGAGGUCGAGCAGAACCAGACGGCCGUGCUGCCGUGUCGGGCGUCGUUCAGCAGGGGCGACCUUGACAUUGCCUACACCUGGACGUUCUACUCGCACCUCAUCGACCUGACCCAGGGCGGGGAUGACGUCACACACUUCUCUAUGCCCUACCUGGCAAGUCAAGGAAACGGCAUGUUGUACAUCAUAUCAGCCCAGUUCCGGCAUGAGGGCGAGUACACGUGUCACGUGUCAACCGUCACUGGCACUAUCAGUAGCAAGGCUUUCUUGAAGGUCAAAGGACCCCCAGGAGAACCAGGUGGUGUUCACGUCAGGGACCACAACUCCUCCCUGACAACUUACGACAACGUCAACUUGUGGUGGCAGGACGGCGAGAACCACGGGUAUCAUGUGACCAAGUAUAGCAUCGAGUACCUGUCAGUGUACGAGACGGACUGGCGACUUCUCAAAUCAGAUAUCCCAGUAGAUCAGACGAUCAUAGAGAACUACCCAGACUGGCGCGGUGACGUCAUAACUGAGGGUCUGUCCCCAGGGACAGCGUACCAGUUCCGUGUAGCCGCGGGGAAUGACCAGGUCGGCUACGGGCCUGCAAGCAAUGAGCCCCACGUCUGGUAUACCAUGCCGUCUGCCGCUCCUGUUGUCGCCCCCUCUAAUAUCGAGGGUGGGGGAGGCAGUGUUGGGCUACUACUUAUCACGUGGGAUCCCCUUCCCAGAAGUCAGUGGGGCGGGGAGAAUGUACGUUACGUUGUCUAUUACCGGAAACAGGAUGAGAAAAACCCUAACCGGAAAUGGGAAAUGUCUCCGGAAAUCUUCGGCGAGAAUUCCUUCAGUGCGCUGGUCGGUCCGGACAACUAUUACCUGCCCUACGAGGUCAAAGUUCAAGCAGUGAAUGAGAUGGGCGUUGGCCCAAACUCCACCAUCAGCAUCGUGUACUCAGCAGACGAGAUUCCGACCAACAUCUCCCCCACCUUCGUGUCAGCCAGCGCCAUCAACAGCACCGCGGGAGUCGUGGAGUGGGUGCCGGUACCCGAUACUAGAGAGGCGGCAAAAGGAAAAGUGAACUACUGGCAGGAAGACACCAAGUGCCUGGGUAGAUACGAGGGCGACGCCAACUCCAACAACUUUUACGGCGACGUGUCCAGCGGCAUGUUGGUCGGCCUGGACUUCUCUGGCGACUACUGCGUCAACAUCCAGUUCCUCAACCACGCUGGCAUGGGCCCCAAGACCGAUAACUAUUACCUGGGGAUGAAUGAUGCGCCACCGAGCCAGUACCCGGAGUGGGUGACGGUGAUGUCACACGGCAACGACAGCGUCCGGUUGAUGUGGCGGGGCAUCUCCACUUUGUUUGGUGAGGAUCCGUUGCUAGGCUACAAGGCGUGGUACUGGAACAUCCAAGAGGACAUCAGGUCUGCCAAGGUCGAAACGUUUCCUAAAAUAACCACCGGCGUCAUACGCGGGCUGGAGAAAGACGUCAUCUACCGACUGCGCAUGCUCGGGUACAGCAAUGGCGGCGACGGCAAGAAAAGCCAAGAUGUGUUCUUUACCCUAGGCGGUCAAGUCCCGUAUGACCCUCAAACCACAGAGGUCAUGAACUUUGCCCCGUCAAUGAUGACGUCAUCGCCAUGGUUACUGCUUCUAUUUUCAGUUAUUGGAGUUUCUGUAUCAGAAAUUCGUCGAUAACUGUUAGAUGUUGAUUAUACCCUGCAUUGUAUGUUAUAAAUUGUGUAAUUGAUGUGAAUAUGUUUAUGAGGACAUUUCUUGAAACUCAUUUACCAAUCCUAUGUAUGUUUCUCGAUAUCAUAAGUUUUUUAGCAUCAUGCAUUGUUAUUUUCUGGUAUUACCAUUUGCUGUAUCACCAUCUAUACUCUUUGUUGUGUAUCACUUUCUCUCUCUCUCUCUCUCUCU